AUGCAUUUCGCCGCCGUCGUCUCCAUUGUCGCGGCCACCAUUAUGGCUGCCUCGCGGGUCUGCCCCGACGAAAGGCAUGGCUACUCUGCGUGCUGCACUCUCAACCCCUCGACUGGGCGCUAUCGCUGUCGCAUCCUCUUGAUCCCUCCUGAGGACAUUGACACAUUUGUUGGCGAAUGUCGUGAGACGAAUAGAGAAGCCAAAUGCUGCCAAGGUCGCAGCCGCCUAGCAGAGUACACCUGCGUCGAUCCCUCUACCGUUUAA